CAUUUGGGUUCUCCUUAAGAUUGUGACAGUUAUACCCAUUUACUCAAAACUAUAUGUACACUCUUUAUAAGUUUAUGAUAGACGAUUGAACGUCCAACAGCAGAAUGUAGUUAAUUACAUCUAUUAGGGCACAAUACUAUGAACAAUCUUCAGGUAAUUGGACUUUGAUAAGUUUGGCUGCUAGACAAACAUACUUUGUACAAAACGUAAAAUCAGUUUGUACAAUUGACUGUUUUGUUGUAAAUCAAACUACCCAGAAGCAUAUACAAUAUUUAGAUUUAACUCUGAAUCCGAACAUCACUUCUUGAAAAAUUAUAAAUUAGCAAUGCUUAUCCAAUUAUUUGAUAGACUGUAAAUUAUUACAUUAUUGUGUCAGGGUCAUUCAGAUGCAUAAUAAGUAAUUCAUAUUUGAUAUACUGAAUGCAAUUUAACAGCAACACUUUUGUCAAAACAAUCUUAUUGCUUAAUUCGUUUUAUUUGCAAGAAAAAAACAAGGUUGACCUUUAUACUAUCAAUAGUGUCUGCUGAUUAUAUUUGUUCCUGGGAGGUUAAAACUAAGGAAAAGGAGCCUUGCAAACACACAGUUGUUUGAAUAUGUGCCAGUUGGCGUUGAUAUUCAAUUAUAUGCCAAUUGCAACUAACUGCAAAAGCCAAAACAAUGUCAUCAAUUAUUUCUGACAUAGUAAGGGCCACUCCCCAAAAAGUAGGACAUACAUGGUUAUCUUGGUUACUGAGUACUUACAUAACACAUGCACAUACACACUCUUUAACUUAAGUGAGGAUCAAAUGACAGUGGUUAAAAACAGGUCAAACUUUGAAUUCUAUAGGCGAUGUCCGAAUAUCUAAAAUACAUCUCAAGAAAGCCAUGUCCUAACAGGGUGUUACUGGAACAUACCGUAAGGCUACAUUCUGUCAUCUGUGGAGCAGGAGGGCAGGUUGGACAGCUCAGUCCUGCAGCAUUCAUUGAAACAGGACAUGGGAACCAAGCAAAAACCAGCAGGAGGCCACCCCAUGUUUUCACAUACAGUAUGAGAGAAAGACCAUUAUUGAUACAGGUGUAUUUUAUGGUGGUUAUAUUAUAGUGAUCACAGCAAUACAAAAAUAGCAGCUGGAAGCAUAACAAAACAGCAUAUAGAAGGAUAAGCUCCUUUAUAGCUCCUUAUACCCUACCACAAUAGAUAAAUAUAAGCCUAAAAGAACAUACUGUUUCAUAAAAAAUGUGCUAUAGUGUGUAGGCACUACCGAGGACAAAUCCAAGUUUUCUAUUGGUCCGACCAAUUUCUGGGCCGACAAGGGCGGGGCUAAACAAGUGCUUAACCAAAACAACUUUCGUGCGUGCUCCGACAAGAGAGAGAGAGAGUUGCCAGCCGGGACAAAGUCAUAAAGUCUGGAGAAGAAAGCGAAUGGACCGAUACACGGGAAAAUAAGCAGAGACUCCGCCGGGUAGUCAGGCCUAAUGUUAGAGGUUAAUGAUGGACCCCAAGAAGAUGACGACCUCCCUCCUCCUAGGCGACCCCUCGCCUGAGGCGCAGGAACAGACCCCUCCCAAAGGCCCAGGCUGCAGCUGGCUGGUGGUGGUAGCGGCUCUGGCGGCCUCUCUGAGCGGCCUGAUGCUGGGGUAUGAAAUGGGGCUGACCUCGGGGGUCCUGCUUCAGCUGCGGGAACUCCUCUCCCUCUCCUGCAGGGAACAGGAACUGCUGGUCAGCUCCCACCUGCUCGGCGCUCUGCUCAUGUCCCUGGCUGGAGGUCCUCUUCUGGACCGCUACGGCCGCCGCUUCUCUUUGCUCCUGAGCGCCGCACUGGUGGUCGGAGGGACUGUCAUGCUCAUCGCGGUCAACACACUGGGUUUCUUCACCCUGGGCCGGGUGAUAGUCGGCAUGGGUACAGCUCUGUCUGGGACAGGAGCGUGCCUGUACAUCGCAGAGAUCUCACCGAUGGAGAGGAGGGGUCUGCUGGUCACGCUGUACGAACUGAUGCUGGUUGUGGGUGUAAUGCUGGGAUUUGGCUGUAGCUACAUCUUCUCUACUGUGCCGCAUGGCUGGGCGUAUACAUUUGGACUAGUAAUCCCCCCCGCGCUGCUGCAGAUCAGUAUCCUUGUGUUCCUCCCAGCCAGCCCACGCUUCCUGGUCACCCGGGGUAAAGUGGAGCAGGCCAGGAUGGUGCUGGCCCGAAUGAGAAGUGGGGUCCAGGAGCAUGUGGAAAAGGAGCUCGGAGACAUCCAGGCAGGACUUAAAGAGGAAUCAGAGCACAGUUUCUGGGAGCUGUUCAGUAGCAAAGCUAACCUGCGCUCACGGCUUCUAACUGGCGUGGCUUUAGUCUUCCUUCAGCAGGCUACAGGUCAACCCAACAUCCUGUCCUACGCCUCACCGCUCCUCCGCAGCAUGGCCUUCAACAGCGACGCCGCAGCGACCUUGGCCUCCACAGGGUUCGGAGUGGUCAAAGUAGUUGGCACCAUCCCAGCGGUGUUGCUGGUCGACCGCGUGGGAACCAAGAACUUUUUGUGCGUUGGUGCGGUCGGAAUGGGAGUGUCGCUACUGGCCCUCGGCACAUUGACACUGCAAAGCCACACCCAUCUCACCAGCCUGUGUAAAAGUCACACCAUACCAAACCACACACAUACGCCAUGGGAUUUAAACGGAUCCUCUAUAGACUUUGGCAACAGGGACAUUUUAGCUACUGGCCUCCCCAGCCAAUGGGAUAGUGAGGAGGUACAGUGGACUAAAAGAGAGGAUGAUGGGAAUAGGGAGUCAGGAAGGACUCCUGUGGAAGUGUCCUCCUUUAUGAAGUGGGCUUCAUUGAUCAGCUUGCUGGUGUUCGUGGCAGCCUUCUCCAUUAGCCUGGGGCCAAUGGUGUAUGUGGUUCUCAGUGAGAUCUUUCCGAUGGGAGUACGAGGUAGAGCUGUGUCUGUGGUGUCGGCUGUGAACUGGGCCACUAACCUGCUCAUCUCCAUGACCUUCCUCACAUUUACAGAAAAGUUUGGUCUCCCCAAUGUGAUGUUCCUGUACGCUGUUAUGAGCUUUGUUCUGCUGGUCUUCAUCAUCUUCUGUAUCCAUGAGACCAAGGGUCGCACGCUGGAGGAGAUAUCAAAAGAACUGGCUAAGAAGAAACAUUUUGAGGGGAGGCUCUGCAGGCAGGUUCAGCCUCAGAAGAGUCUGAUCUGCAGCAGUACGUCCACAGAGACUCCAGCAAACGUCUGAUUUUAUCAUUGGAUUCCCAACUGUACACCUCAUCUGAAGGAGAGUCCAGGGGCCUCAUUUAUAACGCCGUGUGUAGGAUUCACGUGGGAAGGUUGCUUACGUAGUAGAAAUCCAAAAAAUAUAUACAGAAAUGUCCCGAUUCACCAAACAUUGCGUACCGGCGAGGAAAGUGCGUACGGCACUUCCAACGCCGGUUUCCCUUUAUUAAUCACAAUCGACUCGAAAUGCGGUGCAGUUUUUGCGGGCUUCACGUAACGCCCAUAUUUGCCUAUAAAUAGUCA